GCAGUACAUAACAUAGCCUGGCGAUAGAGGUCGGUCGUAUUGUUUUUCCUGUUCGGCAGAGAGGCUGCUGAAUAAGUCUGACUUUCCCUCAUUUGACUUUUGAGGUCGAGAUCGGCUUGGAACACGAAAUCAGUUGAAAAAGGGACAUAAGAUGGCACACAGUGUUCUCAGAGUUAAUCAGCUGGAUGCCCAUCAGCUGGAUGAUGAAAUUCAUCUCCUCCUCAGAGCUCAGUUAACAAAGGCAUUCCAGUUCUUCAGGCCCGGUGUUCUCUCAAAGUGUGACCCUGAAGUAAAUGCUGUUUUACGUCUAUUAAUAUGGCAUUUUUCAAUCAGUAAAUCAGGAGCCACCAUUGGUCAACAAAUGCUCAACAUGCUCUACACAAACAGUCUCCCACAAGGUCAAAGGUCACAUACCCUGGAUCAGAAACAUAAGUUACUCUAUGCGCUGCUCCUUGUUGGAUGCAGGUGGUUUCAGGAAAGGAGUUCAGAUCUCUCUCAGAUGACCAGGAGCAGCGAAAAGUUUGAUUUGGUAUGGAAGCUGAUCGAUCUGUUGGAGCGACUGGUGAAGAUAGCUUCUCUAAUCAACUUUCUAAUGUUCCUGCAGCAAGGUUUCUAUCCCAGCAUUCUUGAGAGGGUAUUAGGCAUCAUUCCAAGGUUUGCUAAGCCACAGUCUGUCAGGCAGGUGACAUUUGAGUUCAUGACCCGAGAGCUGCUGUGGCACGGCUUUGCCGAAUUCCUCUUCUUCCUCCUCCCUCUCAUCAAUAUCCACCGCAUUCGGAACGUGAUCCGAAGAAGAGUUGCUGGCAUCCGGACUGGGCCGGGAACCUUGCAGCGGUCUUUAGCUGAGUGCAAGGAGUGUGUUGUCUGUGGAGAAUGGCCGACGUGUCCUCAGGAGAUUGGGUGUCAGCAAGUCUUCUGCUACUACUGUCUCAAGAGUAACUUUGGAGCUGACCCAUCCUAUACUUGCCCUUCCUGUGGUCAUGCAGUGGAAGAGUCUAGUAACAUCCGUCCAGUUAUGUGCUCCGUUAGAUAGCAGUAAACCAAUGGUUUGGUUUCAACUCAGGAUCCAGCUAAGCUCAAAUUUUAUCACAUGGUUUAUGCUUUACAGAGAUUUUGCCAAAGUCAAUGAGACACUUUUUUAAAAUAAUGAUCAUUCCUCCAAUUAAUAGGAAUAUAAACUAGUACUGCAGUCCUUCAAGUUUAUAAUUUCGUGGAGCUCCUUAAAUCGCUCUCCUUAUUUUAUUUUUUCAAUUGAGCUCCUCAGAAUCGUUCUCCUUGAGGAGCUCAAUUCAAUACAAUACAUGUAUGAUAAAUUGUAGAUUUUUCUUAAAAUUGUAAAUGAAAUAGCUGUGUAGCUAUUAAUUAAUGUGUUGAAACUAGGCCUGGGUCAAUACGUUUACACUCGCGCUCCUGCUUUACUGAAAAUACUGUACAAAAAUCUGCUAAAAUUUCACAUUUUACAACUUUAAAUCCAUGACUUCCAUGGUGUUGCAACAUUAACUGAAAAUGAUCGUUGAUCGUUUAAUCGUUUUGAUCGUUUUACACUUGGUCAACACCAUGAAAAUCUACAUGUGGGACUACAACAUAAAGGGAGGAGGAGUCUUCAUUGCCCUCGACCAAACAAUCCCUAUAAUAGAGAGACCUGAUAUCGCUGAAGAAGACAGUGAGUCAGCAUGGUGCCAACUUCUUGUAAAUGAUGGGAGCAGUAUCUAUAUCGGCUCCUACUAUAGGCCCCCAACGAAUAGUAAUGACUUAGAAAAUCUUAGCAAAAGCCUUGAAAAAAUCCAACAGGAAACUAACACACCCUACAUCAUACUUGGAGGGGAUUUUAAUAUACCGAAUAUGUCAUGGACUCCAACCGAGGCCACAACCCCACUUCAACGAGACAUACUAGGAAUUAUUGACGAACACAGCUUAGAACAACUCGUCAAUUUCACAACACGUCGAGAUGCUAGUGGAACCGAAAAUAUCCUAGACUUGUUUUUCACUACGCACCCAUCUCUUGUGAAGAACAUCCACCCAUACCCAGGAUUUUCUGACCACAGCGUAGUAAUGGUGGAAAUUAACAUUAAAGCACCCCUGCCUACUAGGCCGCCAAGAGAGAUCCACCAAUGGAAAAAGAUGGAUGAAAACAAAAUCAAAACAGACGCAGAUAAUUUUUGCGUGAACUUUUUGGACUCAAAUCCUGGUAGUAAAUCAGUCGAAGAGAAUUGGUGCAACUUUAGAGACAAAAUGCACGACCUUGUCAACCAACACGUACCGUCAAAAACAGUGUCAGGAAAACCAAGAGUACCCUGGCUAACCCCCAAACUCCAGAAACUUUGCCGCAAGAAGGAGAGGUACUAUUCAAAGGCAAAGCAACUCGGAGGACAAGAUAGAUGGGACAAAUACAAACAAAUAAAAAGAGUAGUCAAUAAAGAACUUAGAAAAGCCCAACGGACAUUCAUAGCAACUCUUUCAGAAGCCGGUAAUAAACAGUUCUGGAAAUAUAUCAAAACCAGGCGAAAGGACAACGUAGGGAUCCAGAGCCUUAAGAAGGGAAACGACAUCAUUAUUGAUGACAAAGGGAAAGCAGACGCACUGGCCGAACAGUUCCAGAGCGUCUUCUCCAGGGACGAAACCCAAAUCCCCAACCUUCCAACAAGAAACAUCCCUGAUAUGCCAGAUAUCAACAUCACAGUUAGUGGCAUCCUCAAGCUAUUGAACAAGUUAGAUGUCUCAAAGGCCGCAGGACCAGAUAGCAUACCAAACCGUAUUCUUAAACUUACAGCUGAAGAAAUAGCCCCCGUCCUUCAAUUCAUAUUUAAACAGUCAUACGACCAAGGGAUCCUUCCCGAGGAUUGGCGUAAAGCGAACAUCGCUGCUAUCUACAAGAAGGGUCCUAAAAAUGAUCCAGCUAAUUAUCGCCCUAUAUCCUUGACCAGUGUAUGCUGCAAACUUAUGGAACAUAUAGUAGACAGCCAUCUAAUGACACACCUUACUUCAAACUCAAUCCUUUCUGACUACCAGCAUGCCUUCAGACGGGGUAGAUCAUGUGACACACAAUUAGUUGCCACAAUCCAUGAUCUUGCUACUCAUCACAACAACAAGGAGACAUGUGACAUCGCAAUACUCGACUUUAGUAAAGCAUUCGAUGUCGUCCCCCACAAGAAAUUGUUGCAGAAACUUCAAUUGUAUGGCAUCCGUAGCAAGACUCUUGAGUGGAUAAGAUCCUUCCUGACCCAGAGAUAUCAAAGAACAGUAGUGAAUGGUAAAACAUCAAAGUGGUUUCCAGUCCUAAGCGGUAUUCCGCAGGGAACAGUCCUCGGGCCCCACCUCUUCAUCUUAUAUAUAAACGACCUCUCAGAAGCAGUUCACAGCACGGCAAGACUGUUCGCAGAUGACUGCAUACUCUACCGAGCAAUAUCCAACCCCUCUGAUGAAGAAUCACUACAAAAAGACUUGGAUAAUUUGGUCACAUGGGGAAACACAUGGGGGAUGAAAUUCAACGCUUCCAAAUGCACUGUCAUGAGGAUCUCCAGAAAGCGAGUACCAGGACAUACCAAUUACUUACUCCUUGGUCAACAACUUCAGGAAGUAAAUAGCCAUCAAUACCUAGGAAUACAUAUAGAAAACAGCCUAAAAUGGGAUAAGCAGUCACAACAGGCAACCGCCAAAGGUACGAGGGCGUUAAACUUCAUCAGAAGGAACUUCUAUCACUGCUCUAAAACAGUGAAGGAACGUUUAUACCAUUCACUUGUUAGACCCCACCUAGAAUACGCUUCGAUAGCAUGGCACCCAGGCACAGUCAAGAACACCAAAUUGCUGGAAAUGGUUCAGAGACGAGCCGCCCGGUUCGUCACAGGAAACUACACACGGGGAUCCAGUGUUACUAACAUAAUGACAACACUUGGCUGGAUGUCUCUCGAAGAAAGGAGGCGAAAUCACCGAAUCAUCAACUUAUAUAAGAUCAUCCAUGGAGAAACUCAACUUGACUUAAAUAAAUAUGCCACAAGAAAAAUAACAAGACUAAGAAGAUCCCAUGAUGAACUGUAUGACGUCACUUCAAAGUUCAUCACAACUACUCAACUGGCUAAUUCCUUCUUCCCUGAAGCAAUCUCCCACUGGAAUAACCUCACAGCUGAUAUGGUAUCCUCCAAAAGCACUGACAUACUUAAAGCAAAACUAAACAUGCAAAACCUGCAACAAAACAAAACAGAGUAAUAAUACUCCCACUCUCGUCAGCCCUGAGUUACCCUUCCUGGUGGAGGACUUCAGGGAUUGAAACUACAAGGUACAAGGUACAAUAUUUACAGAGUUUAACAUCGAAUCAGAGUCAGGAAAGAGGUGAAUAUUCUUCAUUUUUUCGGUAGUUUCCAACUAAAUCAAAAUAAUUUCAAGGAAUUAUGGAAAAUAGAUGCCUAUUUCAUGAAUAUAAAUGUAAGAUGUGAAAUUUCAGCAACUUUUUGUGAAGGUUUUUUUUGUUUUUUUUGUUUUAGGAGCGUGAUAUUUUGUUCUCCUUAUUUUUUUUAGGAGCGCGGUAGGAGCGCCAGCACGAUCGUGCUCCUCAAAAAUGAAGGUCGGGUACUGUUGAUGUUCUUGAGUGUGAAUAGUUUUAGCUUGUUCUGAGAAUGAGUUGUUUAUUUGUUAUAUAUCUCUUCCAAAUGUUUUAUUCCUCAUCACAUCACACAGGUAAUAAGAAAGAAGGAUAGGAUCUUCAUUUUGUAAAUGUGUUCAUCUAACUUUUUGGAUAUGCUGCUUGCUACAUGUAGCUUGGCAGUGCACUAAUAAAGAUGCGCAUAGUGCAGUGAUUUGAGCUGCUAGGGAUAGUGUGUCAGCUAGGAAAAGAAAAUAUAAUAGGAAACGUUUUCCUGGUAAACUAUCCUUUUGUAUCUUGUGUACACUUUCAAAGCAACAAUACUUUUUGAAUGGUUAGUUUCAAACUUAAUUCAUGUAUGCCUAUAGAAAUUACACGAAUCUAACUAAUUUAACCCUUAGUUUAAUCCAUGGUUUAAUGGGGGAUCAAUAUACCCCCCAUCAAAGUUUUAUGACUACUCCAUAUUGGCAUGCAAGGUUAACGUUCAUGACUUUUUCUUUCAAGUCUUUCACAUCUUUUGGAACCAAGCUUAAGAAAAAUUGGAUAAGUAAAUCAGGGUCACACAACCCUUUUUGCAAUCACACGCAGGCACUAACCCCCCCCCCCCUUUUACAGGAAUUAGUGGAGAAACAAAUGGAAAAUAGUGCUUUUCAUAAAUUGCACAAAACUCUUUCAAUUUCAAGGGGGGUUGGUGUCGGAUUGACUCCUGGAAAAGCCAAGUUAAAAUAAAGUAAAGGGAUUUCGAAUGUUACAAAAGUCCUUAUAUUUAAAAAAGAUACAGAACCAGUAAAUGGAUAUUCAUAACAAUAACUAAAUGCUCAAGAGAUCUUCAAAUUUCAUUAUGUAUGAAUGAAGAAAUUACCAUCUAAUUUAUCACUGAAAGGAUUCAUCCAAUUGAUGCGACGAUAACAACGACAAUGGUCCGAUGAAGUUUGCAGCCUCGCAAGUGAAAGCCUACCAAACUGGUAAAAUUUCAUGAUUGGGAUUAAAGAAUGAUUUCUCUUACUACAUGUAUUUAAUAAAAUAUUGAUUGAGAGUUUGAAAAUGUAGAAUUUGACAUUUCCAUACAUGUAUCUCAGGCUGCAUUUAUGCGACCUCAAGCCAGAAUCAUGACUUGAAACAUGAUUUGAAUCAUGAUUCAAAACACAAACAUGAAUCACAAUACCACAGAAUCAGCGUUCAGACGACCUUCAUUUUAAAGCUGUUUUUCCUCGGAUUCGGACCGAUCCAGUGCGCAUCACAGUGCGCAGUUUGACAGAGGAAGUUAGGUCAACUUUUUUCGCACGUGUUUUGGCUCUCGAAAAAUCAAUCCUGUACCUUCCGAAUUCAGUCUAUUAUACCACAAUUUGUUUACUUAUUAUUCUUCUUGUCGGUUUAUCGAAAAUUGUGUUCGGAUGUAAAUUUUAGCGUAGAUCCAAUUUCAUAUUGACAUUUGUUAACUCAACAACAAUUGAUAUCAUUGUCUGUUCAGUUAGUUCAUUUACUAGUUCACUUGAAGUUGAAGACAUGACCAAAAAAGAUGGAAAGAAGAGGACGAUGCGAUGCCCAACACAGAAUGCAUGCAUAUCAUAUUAUGUAUAAAUACACUGAGCAUAGCGCGUCUUGAGCUUGGCAAGAGUCAAACCUAAAGUAGCCCGACAAAAUGACGUCAUAGAAUCAUGAUUGUAAUCACGAUAUCGUUUAUUCGCACAUUUUCGUACGUGAUUCUGCAGAAACGUCUUUCCAAACGCCCCUUUUUUCAUGUUUCAUGUUUGUGAUUCUAAUCAUGAUUAUAUUCAAUUUCGACUAAACGCAAUCGUGAUUCUGCAGAAUCAUGAUUUGAAUCAUGAUUCAGAUCAUGAUUCUAGGGUUAAAAAGUGGCGGAUAAACGCACCCUCAGAUUUGGUGAUGAUGGAAGCUUGAGUUUUGAUUAAAAAACAAAACAAAAAUCCUUUUAGUAUUCUAUGGAAUGUCCAAAUGGAUUCCUUUUCUUCAUGCAUAAUAUUGAAUUACUAUCUGUGCAAUAAUUGUAUAAAUAUCCUUAAUUUUGUAUUGUUAAUUAUUAAAAGUUAUGUAAAAAUAUUUAUAAAGAAAGAAAUUAUAGAAACAUAAAA